ACUCAAGCUGGCUUGUUUUAGAAAACGGCCUGUUUGCCUCCCUAGAGAAGGACUUCUGUGUGGGGGCAGGUGUGGAUGAGUCGUCCAGCCCACCCCAAAAGGGCUCUUCCCUGUGGCAUCCUGGCUUCAGGCUUCGCUGGAGCAGGAUGGCUCUUGCUCACCCGAGCCUCACAAAGAUAAUCGCUCAGGAAGUGUUUCAGCCAAUCCGCGGCGGCUUUACACUCCGAUUUGCCGGGGCAGCCAAUCGGGGAUGAGCUUUUAUUAGGCGGCCAGAUCAUCAGCCGAAGUGCCAAACCCUUUUUCUGUGAGAACUAGGAGCCUGUCCUCCAUGUUUUAUAAGUAUUGACAUUACACAGUUAACAAUGCAUCCACAGAGCUUGGCUGAAGAGGAGAUAAAAACCGAACAGGAGGUGGUAGAGGGAAUGGAUAGCUCUACUCGCUCCAAAGAUCCUGGCUCUACAGAGAGAACGGCCCAGAAGCGGAAGUUCCCUAGCCCUCCACAUUCCUCCAAUGGCCAUUCACCCCAAGACUCAUCCACAAGCCCCAUUAAAAAGAAAAAGAAACCCGGCUUAUUAAACAGUAGCAAUAAAGAGCAGUCAGAGCUAAGACAUGGUCCGUUUUACUAUAUGAAGCAGCCACUCACCACAGACACUGUUGAUGUUGUACCGCAGGACGGACGGAAUGACUUCUAUUGCUGGGUUUGUCACCGGGAAGGACAAGUCCUUUGCUGUGAGCUCUGUCCCCGGGUUUAUCACGCUAAGUGUCUGAGACUGACAUCGGAACCAGAGGGGGACUGGUUUUGCCCUGAAUGUGAGAAGAUUACAGUAGCAGAAUGCAUCGAGACGCAGAGCAAAGCCAUGACAAUGCUGACCAUUGAACAGCUGUCCUACCUGCUCAAGUUUGCAAUUCAGAAAAUGAAGCAGCCAGGGACAGACGCAUUCCAGAAGCCCGUUCCAUUGGAGCAGCAUCCUGACUAUGCAGAAUAUAUUUUCCACCCCAUGGACCUUUGUACCUUGGAAAAGAAUGCUAAAAAGAAGAUGUACGGCUGCACGGAAGCCUUCCUGGCCGACGCCAAGUGGAUCCUGCACAACUGCAUUAUUUAUAAUGGGGGAAAUCACAAGUUGACGCAAAUAGCAAAAGUCGUCAUCAAAAUCUGUGAGCAUGAGAUGAACGAAAUUGAAGUGUGUCCAGAGUGUUACCCACUCGCUGCUUGCCAAAAAAGAGACAACUGGUUCUGUGAGCCCUGUAGCAAUCCGCACCCUUUGGUCUGGGCAAAACUGAAAGGGUUUCCAUUCUGGCCAGCGAAAGCUCUGAGGGAUAAAGACGGGCAGGUUGAUGCCCGUUUCUUUGGACAACAUGACAGAGCCUGGGUUCCAAUCAAUAAUUGCUACCUCAUGUCUAAAGAAAUCCCCUUUUCUGUGAAAAAGACUAAAAGUAUCUUCAACAGCGCCAUGCAAGAGAUGGAAGUUUAUGUGGAGAAUGUGCGAAGGAAGUUUGGGGUUUUUAAUUACUCCCCGUUCAGGACGCCCUACACCCCCAAUAGCCAGUACCAAAUGCUGCUCGAUCCCAGCAACCCCAGCGCCGGCACUGCCAAGACAGACAAACAGGAGAAAGUGAAGCUCAGUUUUGACAUGACAGCGUCUCCCAAGAUCCUCCUGAGCAAGCCCCUUCUGAGCGGAGGCGCCGGCCGCAGGAUCUCCCUGUCAGACAUGCCUCGCUCCCCGACCAGCACCAACUCUUCUGUGCACACGGGCUCUGACGUGGAGCAGGACCCCGAGAAGAAGGCUCCCGCCAGCCACUUCAGCGCGAGCGAGGAGUCCAUGGAUUUCCUUGAUAAGAGCACAGCUUCUCCAGCCUCCACAAAGACGGGGCAAGCAGGCAGUCUGUCUGGCAGCCCGAAGCCUUUCUCUCCGCAAGCUCCGACACCCAUCAUGACAAAAACGGACAAGACCUCCACCACUGGGAGCAUCCUGAACUUGAACCUGGAUCGAAGCAAGGCCGAGAUGGACCUGAAGGAGCUGAGCGAGUCGGUCCAGCAGCAGUCAGCCCCCGUCCCGCUCAUCUCUCCCAAGCGGCAGAUCCGGAGCCGGUUCCAGCUCAACUUGGACAAGACCAUAGAGAGUUGCAAAGCACAGCUAGGCAUAAACGAGAUCUCGGAGGAUGUUUACACUGCCGUCGAGCACAGUGAUUCAGAGGAGUCCGAGAAGUCCGAGAGCAGUGACAGUGAGUAUGUCAGCGAUGAGGAACAGAAGCCCAAACAUGAGCCAGAGGACCCUGGGGACAAAGAGGGGAAUCGGGCGGACAAAGAGGCCCCUGCUGUCAAAAAAAAGCCCAAACCUGCAAAUCCGGUGGAGGUCAAAGAGGAAGCGAAGAGUAACUCGCCAGCCAGCGAGAAGGCAGACCCCGCACCUGCCAAGGACAAGGCCAGCCCUGAGCCUGAGAAGGACUUUGUAGAGAAAGCAAAGCCAUCGCCUCACCUCACAAAGGACAAACUGAAGGGAAAGGAUGAGACAGAUUCUCCCACGGUGCAUCUGGGCCUGGACUCUGACUCAGAGAGCGAACUCGUCAUAGACUUAGGAGAAGACCCUUCUGGGCGGGAGGGUCGAAAAAACAAGAAGGAGCCCAAGGUGCCGUCGCCUAAGCAGGACGCUACAGGUAAACCGCCACCGUCCGCUGCAGCAGGUAACCAGUCUCCCCCAGAGACACCGGUGCUCACCCGCUCAGCCACCCAAGCACCCGCAGCUGGGGUCACUGUGGCCGCCACUACCAGCACGAUGUCUACCGCCACGGUCACAGCACCGGCCACCACUGUCACAGGAAGCCCGGUGAAGAAGCAGAGGCCGCUCUUACCGAAGGAGACUGUUCCAGCCGUGCAGCGGGUCGUGUGGAACGCAUCAAGUAAGUUUCAAACGUCCUCCCAAAAGUGGCACAUGCAGAAGAUACAGCGCCAGCAGCAACAGCAGCAGCAGCAGCAACAGCAGCAGCAGCCUCAGCAGCAGCAGCCUCAUUCUUCCCAGGGGACAAGAUAUCAGACCAGACAGGCUGUGAAAGCUGUCCAGCAGAAGGAGGUCACUCAGAGCCCAUCCACGUCCACAAUCACGCUGGUGACCAGCACACAGCCGGCAGCCCUGGUCAGCAGUUCGGGCUCUGCAAGCACCCUGGCGUCCGCAAUCAGUGCCGACCUGCCCAUUGCUACUGCCUCAGCCGACGUGGCCGCAGACAUUGCCAAGUACACCAGCAAAAUGAUGGAUGCCAUAAAAGGGACGAUGACGGAAAUCUACAAUGACCUUUCCAAAAACACCACCGGAAGCACAAUAGCUGAGAUUCGAAGGCUGAGGAUCGAGAUUGAGAAACUGCAGUGGCUGCACCAGCAAGAGCUUGCCGAGAUGAAACACAACCUGGAGCUGACCAUGGCUGAGAUGCGGCAGAGCUUGGAACAGGAGCGGGACCGGCUCAUCGCCGAGGUGAAGAAACAGCUGGAGCUGGAAAAGCAGCAGGCGGUGGACGAGACCAAGAAGAAACAGUGGUGUGCCAAUUGCAAGAAGGAGGCCAUUUUCUACUGCUGCUGGAACACCAGCUACUGCGACUACCCCUGUCAGCAGGCCCACUGGCCUGAGCACAUGAAGUCCUGUACCCAGUCAGCUACUGCCCCUCAGCAGGAAGCAGAUGCUGAGGCAAGCACGGAAACAGGAAAUAAGUCAUCCCAGGGCAGCUCUUCCAACACACAGUCAGCACCUUCAGAAACGGCCAGCGCCUCCAAAGAGAAGGAGACACCGGCAGAGAAGAGCAAGGACAGCAGCUCGACCCUGGACCUUUCUGGCUCCAGAGAGACGCCCUCCUCCAUACUCUUAGGCUCCAACCAAGGCUCUGUUAACAAGAGGUGCAACAAGCAACCUGCCUAUGCCCCAACCACUACAGAUCACCAGCCGCACCCCAACUACCCAGCCCAGAAGUACCACUCCCGGAGCAGCAAGACAGGUUUGUGGAGCAGUGGCGAGGAGAAGCGGGGGUCAGCCCGCUCCGAGCACAGUGCAGGGACCAGCACGAAGAACCUCAUGCCCAAAGAAUCUCGGGAAUCUCGGCUAGACACCUUCUGGGACUAAGGGCGCGUUGUGAGCCACAAUUCCUCCCUGUGGGGGAAAACAACCCAAACAGGAACUGGAGACCUGCUGCCACCGCCGCACCACCUUUAUAAUUCCCAUCACUCAGGCUAUGCCCGGGGGUGUGGCCAUAGGGCAGCGACUUGAUGCCAUCCCAGCUUUGGCCUUGGCUGGGACUGCUUGACCCUGUGAGCCAAACACUUUAAGUAUAAGUAGGUAUACUUUGUGAUGCCACUGACCUAGCCUACCUUCCUUUUUCAUAUCUAUACCAACCUUAACUUAUAAAAAAAAAAAGAAAGAAAGAAA